GUUCAUAAUGAGAUGACUGUAACAGAGCUAAAAAAUCAUGUAUUUCAAGUAUUUAGUGUUCCUCUUGAAGAUCAAAGACUAUUGAUAACUGGACUUCCUUUAAACAGUAAAUUACUUCUUUUAUACUUAGGAAGGAAAAUAUAACCUUAAAUUUUUUUUUUUUUUAAAUUAUUUCUAGAUGUAAAAACCAUAGCAGAUUACCCACAAAUAAAAGAUGGGACCAAAUUGAACUUGGUUCCAAAACAACAACGGAUGACUAAUACUGGUAAACUAGAAGAAAUUAUCAUUAAACAUGUACAACAGCAUUAUAGUACAGAAGAUACAGUGAAAAUUAUGAAAGAAUUUAUGAAGGAAUUUAAUUGUUCUCUUUCACAGUAUAGUUUAGAGGAUUAUGAACACUUUGCAAAAUCAUUGUUACCUGAGGAACAACAGAAAAGUCAAUAA